AUGUCUUGUAAAAUUACCGUAAGGAGGUCCGAGGAUAGAGGUCACGCAAAUCACAGAGGAAUCAACACUCAUCACACAUUCUCUUUUGCAAAUUACUAUGACGCCAAUUUUCAAAAUUUUGGUGCGCUGACUGUCAUCAACGAAGACAUCGUUGCAUCCAACUCCGGCUUUGGAACACAUCCUCAUCGUGAAUUCGAAAUUUUUUCCUACAUCAUUUCUGGCGAACUUCAACAUAAAGAUUCGAUGGACAACGAAGAGAUUCUUAAGCGCGGCGAUGUCCAAUUCACCACGGCCGGCACAGGAAUUUUUCAUUCUGAAUAUAAUAUUCACACCUCUCUACCCGUCCAUUUCCUUCAAAUCUGGGUGAAACCCGAUGACCCACGUCUCACACCCAACUACCACACCAAAACCUUUCCCGAGGCCGUUAAACUCAAUAAUUUGGUUCAUAUUAUUUCUCCUGCCGAGUCGGAAACCGAUGAUCCCGACUCCACAAUUAAAAUCCACACCGAUUUUCAUAUGUUUGCGAGUAUAUUAGAACCUGGUCGUAAAGUGGUGCAUAAAGUUCGGGGGACGAAUAAACCGAGAAAGGUUUAUGUUCACCUGGCUAGCACAGGCGGGGAGUUAAAAAUUAAUGACGAAUUGCUAAAGCAAGGUGAUGGGGCCUUUGUGACUAAUGUUAAAUGCGAUGAUGAAAUUUCUUUUGAAUCUACUGGGACGAAAAACGCCGAAUUUGUUCUUUUUGAUUUAGCUUAA